AUGUCCUAUCGAAAACAACCUUCUGGGUCACAAAAAAGAAAACGGAAAAAUGAAAUAGGAUUAGCUGUAGAAGCACAGAAGGGUUCUAUACUUAAGUUUGUACGUCAUGAAAACAACGAAGUUGAUCAAGAUCAUCAUGUAACUUCCCAAGAAAAUUUUUAUGCAGAUGAAGCUCAAGAAACGCAAGAACACACAGAACAAUCAUUUGAAACAGAUGCAGACACAAAACAAGAAAUUAAAAUAGUUGAAACUGUACUAGCAUGGGAUAUAGAUGACAUUGGCACAUGGCUGCAAUCUUUAAACAACGAAUACCGUGCCAUUAUACUUGAGAAAGGCCCUGUGAGAAUAAAAGGUCUUGAAUAUCCUAAAGACAUUAGAGGUAGGAAAUUCACAAAAAACAAUUACUACAGAAGACUUUCUAAUGGUGAAAUUGUCAACAGACGGUGGCUUGUGUACUCUAAAUGCAAGGAUGCUGUAUUUUGUUUCCCAUGCAAGAUUUUCAAUAAUUGCAAUUUUAAGAUAGCAACCAUGGGUAUUAAUGAUUGGAAAAAUCUUAGUCACAUAUUACCACAACAUGAAAAGGCACAAUACCACAUUGAAAGUGUGCACAAAUGGUGUGAGCUGAGUGUAAGGUUAAAAAAUCAGACAACUCUUGAUGCCCAAAAUCAAAGAUUGCUGGAGUCAGAAAAACAGCAUUGGAGUCGUGUUCUUGAACGUCUAUUAUCUAUUGUUGAAUAUCUAUCAACAAACAAUCUUGCUUUUAGAGGAAACGUUGAGAAAUUAUUCCAGCCCCAAAAUGGAAAUUUUUUGGGCCUUGUACAACUGCUGGGAAAAUUUGACACAGUGAUGAGUGAACAUCUCCGAAGAGUAACUGAAAAUGAAAUACAUGACCACUAUUUGGGACCAAGAAUUCAAAAUGAACUGAUCAUGCUAAUGAGUAAUAAAGUGAGAGACAAAAUUGUUUCAUUGGUUACUUUGGCAAAAUAUUUUGCCGUAAUUCUAGAUUGCACUCCGGACAUAAGUCAUCAAGAACAGAUGUCAUUAACAGUGAGAUUUGUCGACAUUAGUGAUUCAGCACAGAUUACAGUUAAGGAAUUGUUUAUCACAUUUUUAGAAGUACAAGAUACUACAGGUUUUGGACUUCUUCAAACUCUCCUUGAUGAACUAAAACAAAUGGGAUUGUCCAUAAUGAACAUUCGAGGACAAGGAUGGCAAACAUUCAAAGCACAUGUCAAUGGUAUUACCAUUAAGCCUCUAUCUGAGACACGCUGGGAAAGCAGAGUAGAAAGUGUAAAAACGUUGAGAUAUCAAUCUGAGGAAGUUUAUGAAGCAUUGGUUGCUAUUUCGGAAGAAGCCAGAGAUCCAAAAGCUAAAAGUGAAGCACAGUCAUUGGCCUCUGAAAUAUCCAGCUUCAAGUUUCUAACAUCUGUCGUAAUCUGGUAUGACAUUCUUGUUAAAAUCUCAAGUGUAAGCAAAAUAAUGCAGAGUCCAAUGAUGCAGCUUGAUUCAACACUUACCUUACUAAACAACACACGAGACUUUUUAGUGAAAUACAGAGAACAUGGAUUCAAAGAAGCACAGGUUACAGCAAGAGAGCUUGCACAGGCACUCGGUGUAGAACCAAAAUUUCCAUGUGCGAAUGUGACACGAGUUUCAAGGAAAAAACGACAAAUGGAAUAUGAAGGAGCAGAUGAGCCCAUAGAAAUUUGA